AUGGAAUUUGAGGAAGUUCAAUUAAUUGUUAAUAGAGCUAUUGAACAAACUAAAACUCAUCAAAUUGAUUUACUUAUGAGAUGGCUUGAUGGUAUACUUUUAAAAUAUCGAGGAUCAACUUUAUCUUCAAAUUCAACAUCACCUAAAUUUAAUAAUGGCCAACGUUUUUUAUGUCCUUGUGGUCGAUCAUUUUCAACAGAGAUAACAAUACGUGAAACUACAAAUGUCGAUGCGAGUUCUCCUCCUGCUACACCUAUGCUUUCACUUAAGACUGAUCUGAAACAUCAACAACAACAACAAUCACAAGAAUCACUUUCAAAACGAUUACGUAUGCCAAUGAUGGAUGUAUUACAUCCAACAGCAUCAAUAUUAUUGAAUUCAUCAUCAUCAUCAUCAUUAAUUGUACCUUGGUCAACAAUGAAUAUGAAAAAUUAUGAAAAUAGUCCAGAAUUGAUGAAUGCAGAAUCGAAUCGUGGUGAAAGUGAUAUUGAAUUAUCAAGUGAUGAAUCAAGAUGUAUAGAUGAUAUAGAUGCUGUUUUAUCACCAGAUAAAACUACAAUAUCAAAUUUUAUUUAUUCAAAUGAUUUAUGGGCAACACCAUCACUUUCAAGUACUGCAAAUAGUACUCUAACAAAUUCAACAAAUAAUCAUGAUGAUGAUAGACAAGAACAGCAACAAAUGAUAACACUUAAACCAGUUAGUAAUGAACCAUUAUCACCAACACCUGCUCUUAUUCAUGAUGGAGAAAUGUGUAAAACAGUUGCAACUAUUCAUAGACGUCCAAUGCUUGUCGCAUUUACUGAUCCAAGAGCAUGUUCACCAACAGGACCAACUCAUUUCAAAUGUACUCAAUGUCAUGAAACAUUUGAUAGUCUUUUACUUGGACAAGAACAUGCAAAUAAUGGCAUGUGCACAUCUGAUACAACAAUUAAUACAUUAGAGAAUUCCGAGUCUCCACCAUCAUCAGCUGUUUCACCAUUAUUCGAUUCUUUUCAAGAAGAUUUGGAUGAAGGAAUUACUGCUCGAUUUGAUACAAAAGCAGCAUGUCCGAUAUGUAAUAAAGUAUUUAGUAGUGUUCAUACAAUGGUUCGUCAUAAAACUUCAAUACAUGAUAGACAAGUUCGAUAUGGUUGCAAUAUUUGUGGUCGUUUCUUUUUUCGUAAAGAUAAAUUAACAUCACAUAUGGUUUAUCAUCAAGAUUUUGAUACAUAUGUAUGUUGUUUUUGUACAGUUGGUUGUAAAUCUCGUAUGUUAAUGAGACAACAUUUAAAACGAGACCAUGUUAUAUCAAGUGAAGAUACGCGUUUAAAUGAUAUACUCAAUCGAUGUCAAGUUAAAAAAUCACUUAAUCUAGAGACAAAUAUGUCUGUUGCAUAUGGUACUGAUAGACAAAUAACGUCAUUGAAACGAAAUAUAAAUACAAUAACCAUUGAAAAUGAUAUUAAACAAACGACCAAUAUUAGUAGUAAUUAA